AAAAACGCGUGUACUACGUAACGCGAUCUACAUAUGUAGCUCAUUUACACGAUUUACAUCAUUAGGACAUACUCACCCUCAAGCAUCGUAGGCCCCUUCUUUAAUCUCUACUGAUUAUGGAUAACUCUGAUGACCUUCUUGAUGGCGAACCGCCUGUCAUUGACCCAUACGAGGUCCUUGGUAUAGAGCGCACGGCAAACGAGAGCCAGAUCAAAUCAGCCUAUCGCAAGCUUGCACUUAAAAAUCAUCCAGACAAGGUCGCCGAAGAUCAGAAGCAGAAAGCACACGAGACUUUCCAAUCUAUUGCCUUCGCGUACGCCGUUCUCUCCGACCCUGCACGACGCAAGCGCUACGAUGAGACAGGCUCAACCUCCGAGUCCAUCGUCGACUCGGAGGGCUUCAGCUGGUCGGAUUUCUACCGGGAGCAGUACCGCGACACGGUUUCCGCCGAUGCGAUCGAAAAGUUCGCCAAGAAAUACAAAGGCUCCGACGAAGAAAAAGACGACCUCUUGGCCGCGUACGAGCAACACAAGGGCAAGAUGGACAGGAUCUACGAAACGGUAAUGCUCAGCGACGUCCUCGAAGACGACGAGCGGUUCCGCGCCAUCAUCGACGAGGCCAUUGCCCAGAAAGACGCCCCCGCCUUCAAGGCUUACACCCACGAAAGCAAGAAGUCGCGGGAGGCGCGAGUCAAGGCUGCGCGGGAUGAGGGGACCGAGGCUGAGGAGUACGCCAAGGAACUAGGUGUACAUGACAAACUUUUUGGCAAGAAGAGCAAGAAGGAAGGCAAGGGGAAGAAGGGAUCGUCCGAGGACGACCUGGCUGCACUUAUCCGUCGCAACCAGCAAGGGCGAAGCAGUUUCCUGGACGAUCUAGAAGCCAAGUAUGCGCCAAGCUCGAAGAAGGGCAAGAAGCGCGCGUCGCCGGAGGACGAACCCUCGGAGGAAGCUUUCCAAGCUGCAGCUGCGAGACUUAAGAGGGGAAGGAAGAAGUGAUGAAACUAGGUUAGAGCAUUGGGCCUCUUCUAUCUUUUGCUGGUAUGUUUUUAAGG